UCCCUCCAGCUUUUUCCUCCCAGAAAAGUUCCCUUUCCCAUCCCAUCUCAAUCUCCUCCCACAACCGACGUCUCUCUCCUCUCCCGGCGAGCCAAUUCAGCCUCAAUUCCAUCGCAAUGGCCUCCUCCCGCCUCGUCGCUUCUCGCCUGGCCACCAUGGCCUCGGCCGCCCCCAAGGUCGCCCGCCCGGCCAUCCGCAUGCCGCUGAACACGGCCUCCAAGCGCACCUUCACCUCCCAGAAGAAGGCCUCUCCCUUCACCACCGCCUUCCAGGCCCAGAAGCGCGUCCAGCCUUCCACUCUCCUCCAGGCCAACGCCCGCCAGGCUUUCGCCAACGCCCAGGCUCGCCGCCAGUACUCCUCCGAGCUCGCCUCCGCCCUCGUUGAGGUCUCCAAGAACGUUGGUAUGGGUUCUGCUGCCAUCGGUCUCGGUGGUGCCGGUAUCGGUAUCGGUCUCGUCUUCGGUGCCCUGCUGCUCUCCGUCUCCCGCAACCCGGCUCUCCGUGGUCAGCUCUUCUCCUACGCCAUUCUGGGUUUCGCCUUCGUCGAGGCCAUUGGUCUGUUCGACCUGAUGGUUGCCAUGAUGUGCAAGUACGUCUAAAAAAUUUUAUGGUCAAUUAUGCACCUCACAAUUGACACGCAACAAUACUCGGGGUGUUGAGGAGGGAUCGGUCGUGGUUUAAUCAAUCAAUCAUGUAUCCCACAUUUCCCGUUGCCAAUUCCUCAUGAAAUCGGGGGCCGGUGGCCCAUAUAAUGCAUCUCCUUUCAACUCGUCCGG